UUCUUUGGCUCAGAUGAACUGAUUUAAAACAUUUUACCUUUACACUGUUGUAGCAUCAUAAAAUGUAAUCUAUAGUAACAUAAUUUUCAUGUCUGAAAUCAAUAGGUGACCAGAGGCCACCCUCCAGGUGCAACUUAUCAUAUAAUUAUCGUAAAUAAAAUGCAAAAAAAAAAAUAAAAGGAUGAUAUUCCUGGUUCAAUUUCACAGCAUUGUAUUUAUCACAUUCUCGUAUUUGGGGAAAUGUAGGGGGAUGCAGAUAACAGUGAAUUAUCAUUUUUAAAAUUAAACUAUUUUUGCUAAGAAAUGAUGAUAUGUAAAUGAUCAAUAAUGACUCGCUCAAUAUUCAGUAUCCUUUGGUAGUGUGCAAUAUACAUUUUCUGCAUUGUACUUUCACUUUUAUGUGGGACUAUAUUUACAGCGUUGUAAACUGUGUAGAAAAUGGGGUAACCCAGGGUCAUACUAGAAUGGGAUGACCCUGGUUCCUACUAUCCUUCUGCAGAUAACGUCGAGUGCGCGAGACAUUUGAGGAGUUCCGAUUAUCUCUGUCUCCCGACUAUGUAUUUCCUUCGUAGUGAUUGGUGAAAAAUAGAUGAAGUGAAAAUUUCACUUACCAUAUUUUCAUUGGUUUAAAUGCUAUUUUAUGUAAGGGUGAUAGGUUGGUGCUAAUCUUUCACGUACAACUUAUCAAUUUUACAACAUUUCCAACCUUUAAAAAAGAUGAGAAGCAAUCUUGUCUAACUUUAUUGACUUUUUGAUUUGUUUAAACUAACAUUAUUAUACCAAAUGUGACUGACAUUUUAAUUGUUUGAUAAAAGUUAAAUCCAUGCUCGCAUUAUCAUAUGAUAAAAGUAUAGAAAGUGUAUUCAUUUCUAUUUGUUAAAGUUGAAACCAAUAAAAUAUAUAGGUCAUUGCACUUUUCAAAAUGCGAGACAUACGUACAUAAACAGAACUAUAUACCAAAGUCAGAUAAUUGCAUUUUCCUCAAACAGCAUCAUCAAAAUUUCACAAAAACUGGCUAUAACGAUAUAAUAGUAUUCAUAACAAAUUUGGCUACAUGGACUACAUAAAGAAAUCAAUGAAAACAGAUUUAUUGCCCUUGGGUUCAAUAUUUUCAAACAUGUUGAUUAUCCAUUUUGAAGAUUUUUUACAACAAGUAUAUGAAAAGACUCCAACAAGAUUUUUGUUUCUAUCAUGCAUAAAUCUAAAUAAAUAAAAUGAAAAUUCAAACUUUAAUGAAGUCUCAUGGGUGUGGAACUACUUUAAACCAGUUUUCAGAGCAUUAUUUUAUUUUUAUAUUCCAUUUUAAUGUAACACUAAUGUAUUUUGUUGAAAACAUGUCGUUGAAAUCCGUCAGUUUCAGGAAUAUGUGCAUCUAUUUCAAUGUAUCUUAUUUUCCUAUAUUUCUUUAUAACGUGAAGACGGAAGGCUUAAUUCAAAGCUAUAUCUGUAUUUACAUUCUUCUUUCAUUUCUGUCGGAAUUCCCAGACGUUGAAAUAAACGAACUAUAUUUGUCAAGAUUCAUCCACGAACUAUUUGCAACUGCAAAGUUUUCAUGAGAAAAUGGCUAUCAUUACAGUUUGUAAAGCUAUCAAAGGAAAAAUAAAAUAAAAUAUGGAAAUAUAAAUAUUUAGAAAUGUUUCUUCUGUUUCCAUGUUUAAAUAAAAUAUAUUACAAUAUUUGUGUGCUUCCUUGGAAAUAGCCGGAGUGCUUAAAAACUUAAAGUCCGAUUUGAUGUUUUGCAUCAAAAUAGCACUUCCACUUAAAAACAAGGAUUGUGAAAUGAUGUGACUUUGACCAAUGUUAAAUUUCAACCUAAUUGAUUAGAUCGGGAAGUUAUUACAAUCAAACUGAAGUACACUUGAGAAGUUUAGGACUUGUAUCCUCUUCUCUUUAAUUGUGUCUAUUUAAGGAUAGUAUAAAUUUCCUUGUCACGAACAUGUAUUACAUUAAUUUCAGUCAAAUGUGUUCCACUUUGUAACUUAUUGAAUUACGAAACAAGUCCACUCUAUCUAUCUAUUAUAGGUAUCCACGAAUGUACUAUUUAUCUAUCUAUUAUAGGUAUCUACGAAUGUACUAUUUAUCUUGUUAUAUCUCAUCUUCAUCGAAGGGGAAAAUAUUAAAUUUGUUAUUCUGAUUUCUUCUUCCGCUUUCUCGUGACAGCGACCCCUGACAAUGGCAUUAUCACCAUAAGGCGAUGGGUCUCACAUCAAAGACCCGUUUGUGACCUAAACAUUUCACCUCAAGUCGUACAUCUUCCUUUACUUCAUAUGGAAAUUUAGGCUCUGCUUUUUUUUUGGCAUAGGAUGCUUUAUCGUCAUAAGUCGCGUACCUUUGUGGCAUACCUACAUGUAUGACCUUGACUACAGACCAAAUUAUUGAUUAUUUGGUCGUUGGGAGUACCUAUUGCUAUCAUUGUCCGUCCGUCGUUAGCCGUAAAGUAUUCAGACUUCUUAUACAAAAAUGUUGUGAAUUUCGCGGACCUUCUUUCAAGGCCCCAGGGGUUAGGUUAUGGCCUAUUAAAACAGUGAAAUCUUUAAAAUGUUUCUAAAACUGCAUAACGAGAAUAACGGAUUCUACAGAAAUCCUGAAUUUUACGGUGACUGGAUUAGGGGUUCAGGUUAUAAUAUAAGCAUCAGUUAGUAAAUAUGUCCGAAAUCUUUAAAAAUAUUUGAGAAAAAAUAUAUUGAUAUUGUGAAGUGUUUGACACCCCAGUCAGGGUUUACGGUCCAACGAUGUCUCUUAUGAAACUGAUCCAAUGUCAUUUGGCAGGGAGCAGGGUUACUAGUAAAACAUAUUUUCGGUUACUACUUUGAAUGGACAAAUAGUAGAAGCUUAUUUUUGGCACAGAGGUUACUUAUGACCAGACAAUGUGUUAUGACCUUGACCCAAUGCCCUCUAACCAGGGUCAAUGCUAGAUUAAUUGAUUGUUUAUGGUUUUACGCCGUUUUGGCAUUAUUUCCGCCAUUUUAUGACGGUGAAAAUGCUAGAAAUAUUCGUUCAAGCCGUAUAUGCAAGUUUGUAAAAGAGGAACAUUGAAUAUUCAUACUUCUUGGAACAAACCUGUUUAUGACCAAAUGAAGAGUUACAUUGUACAGUCAAUAAAUUUGUAAUAGAGAAUCAAGAGGAGCUGACUUGGCAAGGUUUACAAUGUAAAACUUAUACGGUACCAAUUUUGUUGCACCAGAUGCGCAUUUCGACAAAUAAUGUCUCUUCAGUGAUGCUCAACCGAAAUGUUUGAAAUCCGAAAUAACUAUGAAGUAUUAGAGCUAAAUAUAGCCAAAAACAGCGUGCCAAAAAGUGAAGCCAAAUUCGUCCAAGGAUAAGAGCUAUGCAUGAGGGAGAUAAUCCUUAAUUUUGAAAUGAAUUUUAUAACAGCAGUUAAAUAUACAUCCGUAUUUUCAAGCUAGUAACGAAGUACUUAGCUACUGGGCUGUAGAGACCACAUGCAUUGUCAUGAAUCAUGGUCUUAUCCUGCACGUAGACACUUGCCGGACGUAAAAGUCAUCAGGUAAGCAUUUGUAAGAGGCAUUAACUUAGUAAUGAACAGACAGAACCUGAACCGUGCUCAUUUUCCCAAGAUCUAGCCUCCACCCCUCCAAAACGUUAACUAUUCAUUCAGGCAUAUUUGUGAUGGAAACCAUCAGAAAAAAAAUGGAGAACUGCUUGUUCUCAGAGUUUAAGUGAUGCACUCUUAAAGUCAUCGUCGAAAACCACGGUUUUGAGUCCACACACGCUCCCUCGAUGAAGUAGAGAAUCGUUUAGAAGCAUUCGUGGGUAAUCGAUGAUGUCUCAAAGUAUCAAUAUCCAACACUAAUGAGUUUAUGCAAUACUUUGAUGACCAUUACGACCCAUGUACCUAUUUUUGUGAAAAUGAUUUACAUAUGUAACUUCAAGAGUUUAACAUUUGAUUAUAAUGCGCUGUAACUGAUAGUUACAGCGAAUUUAGAUAAAUUAGUUUAUGGUUAAGUUACGUGUUACGGUUAAAAUUAUCCUAUAACCAAGGUAGAUCACUCGAUGGAAAACGCUUCGUCGAGUGCGGGAGUCCCGGGUGUGAUACCAGACUGAGAGAGACCCAGAUUGUGAAAAUAAGUAGUGAGUGAUCCCUCAUAAAGUACUCUCCAUUAGAAGUGAAAGUCGCGGCUCUUUGGAGAAGAGACCUUUAAGACCGAGGUCACGUGUCACGGUAGGCGUUGACGAGGUCACGUCUCAUGGUAGGCGUUGAAGGUCACGUGUCACGGUAGGCGUUGAUAAGGUCACGUGUCAUGGUAGGCGUUGAUGAGGUCACGGUAGGCGUUGAUAAGGUCACGUGUCACGGUAGGCGUUGAUGAGGUCACGUGUCACGGUAGGCGUUGAUGAGGUCACGUUUCGCGGUAGGCGUUGACACGGCAGAGAUCCUUUAUCGUCAGACGGCCCAGUGAAUGAGAGCCCAAAUCUUUACAAUGCUGGAAUUUUAAUCCUAGAUAAUUUUGAGUAUAGUCUGGAAACAGUCUGAGGUUUAUUGAAUACUAUUAAUAGUAAAUUAAAUAUUGAUACACGUAUAAGGGAAACAAUUUGGGUUUAUAUUAUGCAUUAAAUAAAUGUUUUACUUCCUUUUCAUGCCUAGAUCCAACAUUAGUAUCGUAUUAAGCAAUGUCGGAAAUAUUUCGUUUGCUGCACAAAAUAAAUGUUUCCUGAAUCACAAUCACGCGGGCGUCGUUAAUUAUCAGUUUCGUCAUAUCAUUAUUAUAAUGGUGUUAAAGAUGAACCGAUCAACAUUUCUCGUGGCAAUUGUCAUCAGUGUGUUGACAUACAAUGAAUGUACGAGCUCAGUCAUAGAGAUUGGUGAUACUGACAUUGGAGACAGAGACAGUUCAGAGUAUCAUUGCGUGUGUUCUGGAGAACAAUGCAGUUGCUGCCGUAAUGUGACCCUCAGGGCUUUCAAGACGAAGCACCAAAUUUGCAGCAAAUUCCAGUACGAUAAAACCAAGCAGAGUUUUGCGACCAAAAUUGAAAUUGACAAGAAAACUGAAAUUGACGAGAAUGUUUCAGCCAACAGCACAAAACCAGUGUGUAAGGAGAUUAAGUUUGGAGAAAAUACAACAAAUGUUUGUUUCCAUUUCCGCAACGUUAAUGUCAGCGGCAACAGUGUUUCCGGCUGCGUGCGGCUCACAAUCUCUGUUCAGAAAAAGAAGCAGACGGUCAAUUUGGGAUGCUUCAAAUUCUCUGUUACGGUGGAGUUCAACUCACCUCAAAAGAAUUCAAAGAAUCAUAAACUAGUAAAGAUUUGGCAGAGAGAAAUGCUUGUCAGGUUUUUCCACAUCGGUCCAGAGGAGAAGCUCUUCAUAUAAUACACCCAGUGAACAUUUUCUACAGGGUUUCUAUUUAUACUUUUUGAACAUAAUGUAUGGGUGUAUUGCAUACCCGUCCAUUUGACUUUUGUAUUAGACUGAUCCUGCGAACUAUCGUCUCUCUUUUAUAAGUUAUAAGGAUAUUUAUUCAUUAUUGAUUCAUUGAACAUAUAUAUGUUUGACCAUCUA